AACAACGGGAGCUAUCUACCCUUGCCCUGUUAAGGUUUACCCUACCUAAACUACAUCCUCUUACAGCUCUAUUCCCUCUACAACCGCAAUCAUGUCUUCCCACGGCGUCCCAGAAGUCCUUAUGAAAAAGGUGGACGAGUACGUCGACUCCCUUGGCCCCCAGAUCCAGCCCCGCAUCACCCAAGAGCUUGAGAUAUUUCAGCAAAAGACCAUCGAUAGCCUCGAGGACCAGGUCGUCGACGCCUUCCGCUCACUCUUUAACAAGGACGGCAAGCGCUCCGAGGGAAACUCGAGGGACCUGCGCGAAGAUGCGCCCGACUCGUACGGCGGACAGUCGUUGCCUUUUGCCGACGAGAUUGCCAAGCUGACCCGCAGCUUCACCAAGAUUACUGACGAGGCUGGCGAUGAUUUGAGGGAUAUUUUUGACAUUACUGAGGGCGCCUCUCGUGGUGGUCAGGGUGAGACGCGUUCUCGUGGAGGAGGAGGUGACAACGACUUCUCAUCAGCUCGAGGUUUCCUCUCGGCCGCCAUCAAUGUCGUUCAAGACAAACUCGACGACAAUGGCAGAGGAUCAGGAGGACCCAAGUUUGAGCUGGACGGCCUCCUUGGCAUUCUCAGCGACACUGUAAAGGAUGCCGCCCGCAACCCAGAAGAGAAGGCCCGCAUGAUCAGUCCCGAGAUCAAGGAGCAUGUCGGCGAGAAGCUUCGAGAACAACACGCCCCCAUCGCCGAGCAAUUCACCCGUAUCGCUUUGGAACACAUCAAGAAGUGGCUGCGCGGCAACACGAGCACGCGGGAUCUCGGUGAUGGUGUCAAGGGCGAGAUUGAGGACCAGGUCAAGGAUCUCGUCAAGGGACUAGGGGGUCUGUUUGGAAGCAAGAAGCAUUCCGACGAGGGGGCCUCAAGAGGUUUCGGUGAUAGAGACCGUGAUCGCGAUGGUGAUGACAAAGAAGGUGGCAGUGGCUUCUCCAAGGUCAUCAGCGACAAGCUCAGCACUGGUCUCGCCAGAGUCCACAGAGAAGUCCGUCUCGAGUUCCGCAAGAUCCUCGGUGGCAACCCCUUCGACUCGCAGCUCGACCGCGACGCCCAACCCAACGCUGACCGUGGUUUCGGUGAUGACAUCAAGUCCAAGCUGGUCAACAAAAUCCGUGGUUUGGUGCGCAAAGUGCAGGAGACUCUGCGGGAGAGCAUUCUGGGUGUCGUCAAUGGAGGACAUCGCAAGUUUGAGCGCGAGAGUUGGGUUUUCGUGCAGAAGAUGGUGGAGCAAAAGGUGCAGAAGUACCUGCCCAACGUCAAGAUCUCGGUGCCGGAUGACAUUGGUAACGAGGGUGUCAGUGUGGGUGCCCCGACGUCAGGCGCGCACCUUGGUGGUGCCAAUAACCCUGUGCCCUCUUCACAGGGAGGCCGUCCUCCUUCUCAGGAGCAGCAUGGAGGACAGGGACAUGGAUAUAAUCCUCCACAGCAUCAACAGCAGCAGGACUACCGACCUGAUUAUCACCAGCAAUCCCAGGAGUAUCGACCUCCGCAGCAUCAGCAGUCCCAGGAGUACCAACCCCCACAGCAUCAGGGAUACCAGCAGCAAGAAUAUCGACCAGAUCAGUACCAGCAACAUCAGCAGUACAACCCUCAGCAGUACCAGCAGAGUCAGAACCAGGGCCACCAGAAUCAGGACUACCAGAACCAAGGUUACCAGCAGAACCAGGGUUAUCAUCAGGGCGGGGGAUAUGGACAAAACCCUCAGUACUGAAGGACUGAGCAAUGACCGCGAUGUCUAACACCGGCUAUGGGACUCGGCCAAUGGUAUCAAGCUACUGCCUGAAGUUUCAAGUUCAGAGCCACUAUCCAGAAAAGAGACUGAUAGGUAGACAUGAAAAUGAUGAUGAUUGAUGAUGUGCG